UUUUCUUUUUCUUUCAGGCGUUUAGGGAUGAGCUAGAGGGACUGAUCCAGGAACAGAUGAACAAGGGGAACAACCCCACAGGACUGCUUGCUCUGCAGCAGAUCGCAGACUUCUUCAUGGCCAGCUCUGUCGCCGGCUUCUCCACCUCCCCCCUCAGUUUGGGCAUGGUGACCCCAAUAAACGACAUGUUCAGCGUGGAGUCCAGUACUAUGGUAAAGGGAGAGAAACAGAUCCGCUGCAAACUUGCCAGCCUCUAUAGACUAGUAGACCUGUUCAGUUGGGCCCACUUCGCAAGCUGUUAUGUUACAGUUCGUGUCAGUAAGGAGCAGGAUCAUAUCCUCAUCAUUCCCAGAGGACUGUCCUUCGCUGAGGCCUCUGCAUCCAAUCUGGUAAAGGUGAAUAUUCUCGGGGACGUGAUCGAUCAGGGCUCCACCAACCUACAGGUCGACCCGGCUGGCUUUAGCCCUCAUGCUGCCAUCUACUCUGUGAGGCCCGAUGUGCGCUGCGUCAUUCACAUACGUACACCAGCCACUGCUGCCGUGUCAUCUAUGAAGUGUGGCCUUCUGCCCAUCUCCCAGGAGGCUCUGAUCCUGGGUGACAUUGCCUAUUACAACUACCAGGGUAGUCUGGACGAGCAAGAAGACCGUAUAGAGCUGCAGAAAGCCCUUGGACCAUCAACAAAGGUGUUGGUUUUAAGGAAUCAUGGGAUCGUAGCUCUCGGGGAGACCAUUGAAGAGGCCUUUCAUUAUAUUUACAACACUCAGUUUGCCUGUGAAAUACAGGUGAAUGCGUUCUCGUGUGCUGGAGGAGUGGAGAACCUGAUUGUCCUGGACCUGGAAAAGUUUAAGUCCCGGACACAAGGGGUGGCAGAAGCCGGGGUCAACAUGGGAUCUCAGCACAAGUGGAGGCUAGGAGAGCUGGAGUUUGAGUCACUCAUGAGGAUGCUGGACAACUUGGUGAGUGUUGAGCUCCACUUUUUUCAUCUUUUAGUCUUUUUCCUCUCCUAUUAGAUGUGAAGAGUGAGA